UCCGCGGAUCCUGCCGCCGUCGCUGCUCCCCUCCCGUAUUGUUUGGCUGGGUCUCUCUAAUGGCGGACAGGAGGCGGCAGUGCUGCUCGCCGACUGCAGGGGGGCAAACCCGAGGCUGGGGGCAACUGCCACGGGAGCGUGCGGGGGGCCGAGGCGCUUGCCUGACGCGGAGGCGCCGCCGCUGAGAGCCCGGCGACCCCCCGGGGCGCCGGUUCAGGGCUGCUUAGGCAAGUUAGCAGGCUCCAGCCCAGUUUGGUGCAGCCUUGGCAGAGACCAACAAGGAGAGGGAGCUCCAUUAACACACUGCUUCUGUGGAGGGCAGCAAGUUGAUACAAGAGCAGCAGGUUCCCUCCAGGAAAGAAAAUAAAAGCUCUUGGAUCAACUUAUUAAGGUAAACAGAUUGCAGUGGAUUUCUGGAUGGCAGAUCAGGAAUGGACACGAGUCCUCUGGGAGGAUUAGAACUGUCUGAACAUACUCCUGGUCUACUAGGGAAUACAACCAUGGCAGCAGGUCUUGCAAAUGUAGGAAAUACAUUUGGAGGUCCACCAAGUUCUUUAGUUUCUAGACCUAAUAAAUUCCAAAACUCACCUAUAGAAGAUGAUGAUGAUGUAGUUUUUAUUGAACCCAUACAACCUCCGCAGAAUUCUACAUCACUGAUAGGAGAUCAAAGGAACACUGCAUUUACAUCAUCAAAAAACGAAGAACUUCAAGGGAAUGAUUGCAAAGUCCUUCGUCCUCCAAAAGACUUAAAUUCUCAAAAGGGGAGUGUAAGUGAAACUAUUAUUAUUGAUGAUGAAGAAGACAUUGAAACAAAUCAAGGACAAGAGAAGAAUGCUUCCAGUUUUAAUGAACGAAGACUUCCAGAGUGUAAAAAUAGAACCAACGAUAUGGAAUUCUCAGCUUCCAGUUUUUCAAGAAGUAAGGUAAAUUCAGGAAUAGGUAAUAGUGGUAUAACCACAGAACCAGACUCUGAAAUUCAGAUUGCUAAUGUUACUACAUUAGAAACAGGUGCUAUGAGCUCUGUGAGUGAUGGUCAUUUAGAAAAUGCUGAAGGGCGUGACAUGAACUUAAUGAUUACACAUGUAACAUCACUGCAGAAUGCCAACUUGGGAGAUGUAUCUAACGGACUGCAGUCAAGUAAUUUUGGUGUUAAUAUGCAAACAUACACCCCAUCUUUGACUUCACAGACCAAGACUGGUGUAGGACCUUUCAAUCCUGGUAGAAUGAACGUGGCUGGAGAUGUAUUUCAAAAUGGAGAAUCUGUGACUCACCAUAAUCCUGAUUCUUGGAUAUCCCAGUCAGCUUCCUUCCCUAGGAAUCAGAAGCAACCAGGUGUGGAUUCCUUGUCACCUGUAGCAUCACUUCCUAAACAGAUUUUCCAGCCUUCUGCCCAGCAGCAGCCUUCUAAACAGGUUAAAGUCACAUGUGCAAACUGCAAAAAGCCUUUACAAAAGGGACAGACUGCUUAUCAGCGAAAAGGAUCAGCUCACCUUUUUUGUUCUACUACCUGCCUCUCAUCAUUUUCACACAAACCCACUCCAAAGAAACUUUGUGUUAUGUGCAGAAAAGAUAUAACAACAAUGAAAGGUACCAUUGUUGCUCAAGUUGAUUCAAGUGAAUCUUUCCAGGAGUUUUGCAGUACAUCAUGUUUAUCCUUCUAUGAAGAUAAACAGAAUCCCUCGAAAGGAGUUUUGAAUAAAUCAAGAUGCACUGUCUGUGGUAAACUAACUGAGAUUCGUCAUGAAGUUAGCUUUAAAAAUAUGACUCAUAAGCUGUGCAGUGACCAUUGCUUCAAUAGAUACAGGAUGGCAAAUGGUUUAAUAAUGAAUUGCUGUGAGCACUGUGGGGAAUAUUUGCCCAGUAAAGGAGCUGGAAACAAUAUUCUUACUAUUGAUGGGCAGCAGAAAAGAUUCUGCUGUCAGAACUGCGUUGGUGAAUACAAGCAGACUCUCAGUGUGCAGUCUUCAACAAAUGGUCAGUUUGUGUCUCCCAGUGAUAUUCAGUUGAAAUGUAAUUAUUGCAAAAGUUCAUUUUGUUCAAAGCCAGAAGUACUGGAAUGGGAGAACAAAGUGUAUCAGUUCUGCAGCAGAGCAUGUUCUGAUGAUUAUAAGAAACUGCACUGCAUAGUUACAUACUGUGAAUACUGUCAGGAAGAGAAAACGCUGCAUGAGACGGUGAAUUUCUCUGGCAUCAAAAGACCCUUUUGUAGUGAAGGCUGCAAGCUGCUAUAUAAACAAGACUUUGCAAGACGGUUAGGACUGAGAUGUGUUACUUGUAAUUACUGCUCACAGCUGUGCAAAAAGGGAGCAACUAAGGAACUUGAUGGUGUAGUGAGAGAUUUCUGCAGUGAAGAGUGCUGUAAAAAAUUUCAGGACUGGUACUACAAGGCUGCACGAUGUGACUGUUGUAAGUCUCAAGGAACUCUCAAAGAGAAAGUGCAGUGGCGUGGCGAAAUGAAACACUUUUGUGAUCAGCACUGUUUGCUCCGUUUCUACUGUCAACAAAAUGAACCAAAUCUGGCAACCCAAAAAGGACCUGAGAACUUACAGUAUGAUCAGGGCUGUCAAACCCCCCGAACAAAAUUAACAGGCUCAGCACCACCACCUUCUCCAACACCUAACAGAGAAAUGAAGAACAAGGCAGUUCUUUGCAAGCCUUUGACAAUGACGAAAGCCACAUACUGUAAACCUCAUAUGCAAACAAAAUCUUGUCAGACAGAAGAUGAUUGGAAAAAAGAGUAUGUCCCAGUGCCUAUUCCUGUACCUGUCUAUGUUCCGGUGCCUAUGAACAUGUAUAGUCAAAAUGUUCCUGUUCCUACAGCGGUUCCUGUUCCUGUGCCAGUUCCAGUUUUCUUGCCCACUACUCUGGAGAGCAGUGAGAAAAUCCUUGCAGCAAUAGAAGAGCUGAGGGGCAAAGUGCCCUCAAAUCCUCUGGAAACUGAGCUACUGAACUUGACAGGGAUGGUACCUGAACAUGAUGGAAAAACUGAAGCUUCUGAUGUGGCCAGUGUGAUAGUUGAGUCAAAUCUACUAAACUCAGAAGCAGAGGCACGGACGAGCUUGCCUGAUGUUCCGUAUGAACCAGACCUUGAUAUUGAAAUAGACUUUCCAAGAGCAACUGAGGAACUUGAUACAGAAAAUGAGUUUUUGUUACCUCCUGUUUUUGGGGAAGAAUAUGAGGAACAGCCAAGGCCUCGGUCCAAAAAAAAGGGGGUGAAGAGGAAAGCGGUGUCAGGAUACCAGUCUCACGAUGACAGCUCUGAAAACUCAGAGUGUAGUUUCCCAUUUAAAUACACGUAUGGUGUAAAUGCAUGGAAGCACUGGGUAAAGUCUCGGUAUUUAGAUGAAGAGCUUCCAGAAUUAGAGGAACUGAAAUCAACAAAGUCUGUGAAAUUAAAGGAAGAUCUAUUAUCACAUACUUCAGCUGAGUUAAACUAUGGGUUGACACAUUUUGUCAAUGAAAUUCGAAGGCCAAAUGGAGAGAACUAUGCACCUGACAGCAUCUAUUAUCUGUGUCUUGGGAUUCAGGAGUAUUUAUAUGGAAGUAACCGAAAAGACAACAUAUUUAUUGAUCCUAUCUACCAGACAUUUGAACAGGAACUAAAUAAAAUCCUUAGAAGUUGGCAACCAAGCAUACUUCCAGAUGGAUCAAUAUUCUCUCGAGUUGAAGAAGAUUACCUUUGGAGGAUUAAACAGCUAGGAUCACAUUCACCAGUUGCUCUUCUGAAUACUCUGUUCUACUUUAACACUAAGUAUUUUGGCCUGAAAACAGUGGAGCAGCACUUAAGACUUUCUUUUGGCACUGUUUUUAGGCAGUGGAAAAAAAAUCCUCUAACAUUGGAAAGCAAAGCUUGUCUUCGAUAUCAAGUGUCUUCCCUGUGCAGAGCUGAUAGUGAAGAUAAAAUUACUACUGGAAAAAGGAAACACGAAGAUGAUGAACCAGUAUUUGAACAAAUCGAAAACACGUCUGAUCCAGCUAGAUGCCCUGUGAAAAUAUUUGAGUGCUAUCUGUCUAAAAGCCCACAGAAUCUGAAUCAGAGGACGGAUAUGUUCUAUCUGCAACCAGAGUGCUCUGUCUCUGCGGAGAGUCCCAUCUGGUACACUGCCACUUCACUGGACCGCAACACUUUAGAAAAUAUGCUCGUACGGGUUCUUUUAGUAAAAGAUAUUUAUGAUAAAGACAAUUAUGAACUGGAUGAAGACAUAGAUUAAAACAAACUUCCAAAAACCAUCAAGAAAACAAACAGCAUUAGUUAUAGUCAUGCUGCUAGACCUUUACUAUGGAAAACAUUUCAAGUUUACCCUUUGUUUUAUGAGUUUUGUAGCAACGUGUACCCUCACCUGGGUAUUACCAUGUAAAUAGUCUGUGAGUGAAAGUUUCCAUUAUUCUUCAUAGUGGUUUUAGGAUACAUAACAAACACAUUUCAGAUUAUUUUUUUUUUAAUUAUUUAUUUGAUUAGGUAUGUUUGUAACUUUUUACAUUGCAAAAUAUGAAUGAGAAUGUGCCAUGUGUAAUUUUUUUUUUUUCCCUUAUAGUAAGAAACAUCCAUAUUGCACAACUCUGCUGUUGGAAGCUCCCUUGAAAGGAGGCUCUUUUAAUGGGUUCUUAAACCAGAUGGUUGUGUAUGGGUAGCACUACUAAAGUUUAGAACUUGCUGUGUCUUUCAGAAUUUUUAAAUAAAUUGUAAACUAAUAGGUUUUUUACUUUUUAGUUACUGAAGCCUUAUAAGGUUAUGUAGAGAGAUUCCAUCUUAUGUACCAAAAAUAGACGAAAGAGAAUGCUGUCAAUAUUGGUGUACUGUAAUGUGAAUCUAUUCUGGUGAAAACAUUUUUUUGUUGCCCUUAUUAAAACCUUAGUGUCCUUUCCUUAUUUGUGACUCUCUCUCAAUUGCCCCUACAAAUAAAAUAUAUAUAUAUAUAUAUAUUAAAAAAAAAAAUAAAUGAAUAUAAGCUUAAAGCAUGUGGUCAUCAAGACACGUAUUUUGUAAAAAAAGAAAACCAAAAACCUCUCAAAAAGAAACAAAAGGAAAAGAGAAAAGAAACGUCUGAUGACAAUGCUAUAUAAUUCUUUUCCAUCUUUACUUUUCUGACCAUAAAUACUGGUACCUCAUAUUACUGUAAAUCUGUCCUUCGUAGCCUUAGAAAAAAGGAUUUUAUGCUGUACUACAUAAAGUAAUAUGGUAUGCUAAAUUUUUAACUUUUGUUUGUCCUUGCAUUGCUGUAUUUAAUUACAGUCAAUAUUUGACUAUGGGUGGGAAAAUUCUUUUAACUAAUGCCUCCAUUCAAAAGCCAUAUGAGAUGUGAAGUUGCAGAAAGUUGAAAGAUAUUUUUUUUUAAGAAAAGUCCUUUCAUUUGCUCUAUAUCCUUUCAUUGUGCUUACUUUGCAUAAGGAGUCUGAUUUCCAGAUUAUAGGUUUAGCUGCUUAAGUUUUGUUACUUGCUCUUGUUUAACUGAUGUGAGCAAUAUGGUGGUUCAUGGAAUGGUUUUGCUAUUGUACUGAAAAAAAUGUAGUAGAAUAUUCUACUAUAAAGUAGUCAUGAGUCUGGCUCUCCUAAAUGACAUUGAACAUCUGUUGGGAGCAAUCAUCUACUAAAGGGGAAACUUUCUAUGUAUAUAUACUACCACCUGAGGAUUGAUUUCUUGCAAGGGCUGCAUGGCUUUUUCAUUUUCCUUAGCUUAAAAGAAUGCACAUAGGGAUACAACUUUCUAUAUAGAGAAAUAAAGCUGCAGUUGCUUCAUUUUGUUAAGCAAAGUUUAUUUAAAUUUCCACUAUUCUUGUGUGUCCGUGAGUAUGUAUUAACUUUAGAUAUGUCACUGCUUUAAAACUAGAUGGAGAUGUACAUGUUUAAUAUUCCAUUUUUUUCUGGUGGCUCUACCCUUCCUGUGAAAUCAAGAAAUACUACACAGCACCAGUGAGUAGGUCACUAACAGCUUUGAUGCUCUUUUCCCUUUGGAGUGAAUACAAAAGAACUUAGUUAAUUAACAGUUGUUUUUUAAAAGCAACAGCCUUAGAAUAUGCCCAUGAUACAUAAAAGUGAUGAAAUCAGGAAUUGUAAUCAUGGUUUUGUUCUGGUAUCUUCAGCUGAACACCUGACUUGACCAUAAGUUAAAUUUUACUUAUAGGAGUCGUCGUUACUAAUUACCUGCCUAAAAUGCAUCAUGUGCUUAACUUGAAAUACUUCAUUGAAACAUACAUUUAAGUGUUUUGAUAAAUAGCAGUAAGAAAUCACUUGCAGCCCCUUCUCUAUAGUUCAGACUUCAAGUACUUCAGCAGGGGCUUCAAUCACUCUCUGAUUACAACAGUGUUUAACCACAAACACACUUUUGUAAAACUACAGACUUUCAACUUGAAGCUUAAAGUACCCUAAAUCGGGACUAAAGUUAAGUAUGUGUUGAGUGCUUUGCCUUAAACAGACUUUAAAUUCUUGUUCUCAAAAUCACAUUGCAGCUAUUACUUAAAUAAUCGGGUCAGUUUUUCAUAUGGCAUGUUGAAAAAUGGACAUGUGUUUUCAAUGUCAUUAGAAAAUAAUUAAUACUUCCUAAAGUUUAUCAGAAAUCACACUGUUAUCCUUAAUUCCUCCCAUUUUCCACCCAAGACCCACCUUCCAUCAGUAAAAAUACUCGUUAGGUUUUGAAAUAGUUUUUACAUAUAGAUCCAUAUUAGAAAUAUAAAGAUGGUUGUCAAGAAAAUAACUUUUAUUCCAGAAGAUGGAGCUAUUCCAUCAUCAGCAAUAAUGGUUUUCAUGCAGUUCGUGUGUCUAGAUCAGACAUUGUAAACUGCUCAGAUAUUGCAGUCAAGAAUGCAUCGUGGUUCAGUGUAUGCAUUUUAUUCCUGAAUUUGAAUGGUGAUGCAAAAUGCAAUAAAAGGCCUUAGUUCUGAAAAAAUAAAGACAUGCAAUUUUAUAAUAAAUAGGAGUUCAGGGCAAAUAAAUUUUAUUUUUCUCUGUUAGAAAUGUCAGCAGCUGGACUAGAAUCAGAUUGGUGUCAAGGAGUUACCUGCAGGUUGCUGUGUGGGAAAGUAUAUAAUGCCCUGUUCUUCAGAGAGCUUCCAGGUUAAUGAUACAUAUCAGGAGCCUGCCCUCACUUCCCACCUUAAGAGGGUGUGAAGUGGCAACCUGGCUGUUCUGGCCUUCCCUGUGAGCUCUGGCAGAACUCACUUGAGAAAUGCAGCGUGGGGACUCUGGUGCUCUGUUCUCAUGGAGCCCUGCCGAUGGCGCUGGCAAUGCAGUCCAGGCCAGGCAGGAUUUUCCAAACUUCUCAAAUCAUGCCAGCGUGUGCUCUGCCUCUCCUCAGUUUGAGAUCUAGUUUUGAACAAUUCACAGUAACCUUAUUGGAAAUUAGACAGCAGCAGGAGGCAAAUUACAUAGAAAAUACAGUUCAGUAUGAGAAGUGGUGAAAAAUUCAUGCAAUUUUCAGAAAUUUGCUGUUAUCUUUUUUUUUUUUCUACCAAUAAUUGUGUGCAGUCACUGAGGAGAAUGCAGCUUUUUGUAAUUACUGAACUAAGCAUAAAUUAUGACAGUUAAUUUUUAUUGAACAAAAAGUUGUGAUUAUGGAGUAAUUUCAACAUGUACAAUAUUAAUUAUCUUUAAAACGCUUAUAGAGUGGCUCUAUAAUGCAGCAGAAUUUCUUUUCUUUGUAUCUAUGAUUCUGUCCUGUGAGAGGCUGUAUGAAUAGGUGGGGAGAAUAGGAGAGGUGGCCCAUAAACCUUGCAGUCUCAAAAGGGGGAGAUAUGUGGGGUAGAAAAGUCAUCAGUGGUGGUAGGCACUCACCCCAUUUCCAUUUUCACUGACCUUUUUUAUUAUAUAGAAGUGUUUUUUCUGUUGCACUUUCCUGUUGUUUGUUACUGUUAGGAAUGGCAGUUAAAUAUUUUAAUUUUUGUAAACAUUCACUUUUCAGCUCAUUACACUCAUGCUGUGCCUUAUGUGACACGUGUUAUGUGUAGGACUGAGUAUGAUACAAAGUGGAGAGGGAGCUUUUCAAUUCCUCUUGCACUGAGGACCGCAAGGACGCAAUGAAACUGAAAUUCAAAGCAUUUAAGGCCAAGAAUUUAUCAAGAUUUAAGAGGGUGUUCAGUCAUCAUAUGUGAAACGAGUCUCUGAGUUAUGGCAGCAAAUGCUAACGAUGUUUUGGAAGCACUGAAGUUUGAGGUACCCUUCGGUUAGAGUUAGAGCGAAGCCAUAGGGUUUGUGUAUGUCUUGUGAGGGGUGUGACUGCGGCCAUAGCGUGGGACAUGCUGUCCCCAGGGGCUUGGUUAAGCGUGACAAUUUCCAGUUUCUCAAGUGAGAAAUAAACCUUUCCCCUGGCAGCUUUUUAAUUUGAAAUGUUGAAACCCAAAAGCCUCAGCACAUGAGCCACGGCACAGAUACUUGAAGCCAGCGUGUAACGGGGCACGUGCUUCAAAACUUAGGCUGGUGUUAGUGUCUGUAACACUAAUCGGCCACCUCUUCCACCGCCCCGGAGCCCAGCAGGCAUCUCGCAGGCACACAAAGAUGAUGUGGGGAUUGGUGCCCGCUCGGUGUGCUACUGGGGUCGGAGCGGGCCGCUUCUGGCAAGCGGCUCUGCCUUGGCAGGGCCCCAGCUGGCCGCAGGCGCCGGCGGGCAGCGCUCCCCUUCUGCCCGCAGGCAGGGCCGGGCCUGCGCCGCCCGUCGGGGUGUCUCCCCUCAUUUUUCCUUUGCUAUCAGGGAGCUCCUGGCCACUUCAGUUUCUUGCUGUUGGUCUAUGACCAAAAAUGCGUGACUGCAAAAUGAGCCAAGUUCAUGAUUGGGUAUGAAAUAAGUCCUGGGCAGGGAAGGAGCUGAAAUGAUAAUUUCACCUCUUCCUUAUCCCUUAAUAAGGCAUAAUUGCACCUUAAUGUUACCUUUAUAAAAGCCUCCCCUUUCCCCAGCCCAGUUCUCCCGGGCGAAAUACCAGAAAGGAUUUGAGACAGACUCUAGUGUGGUAAAGAGAUUCAAGGAGAGAGAUAGAUGUAUGUGAUGGUGACUAGAUAAGGUGAUAUUUGGUGGGCCAGGGGAGUGAGCAAAUGCACAAGGAGAAGGGACAGAAGAGAUUGAUUGUAUUUGCUUUGAACAACUAACGAGAUUUAGGAAUGCAGAUUUAAUUCAUACUCCCUGAUGAUUUCUUCUGAGCUUCUGUCACCUGUUCCAACUUCCCGCAUAGUCUGGCUCAAAGGAUUUCACCCAGCAACUUCAGUAUGCUGUCAGUGGCCAUGGAAAUGAGGUUUAUAUUUAUAAGGGCUUAGUCUGGCUAGUUCUGUUUUCAGGAUAUCGGUGUGUUGGUGUUUCCAAAUAUACGUAGCUGGGAAAUACUUUUAUUUUCUCACCCAAGAACUAGUUGUCUUUAUGGAGUAAAGCCAAUAAUAAAGCAGUCAUGGCACAUUUGCAGGUGCAUAAUUUGAGUAGGGAAGGAAGCAGUUAAAUCGCUGUAUUGUGUUCCAGGUACUGGUAGCAGUGAGGCAUCACAGCACUUCAACUAAUUGUUUAAUCAAAUGUUUUUCUACCUCAAGUGUCCUUUGUUUUGUUUUCUUUUUUGUGAAAUUAAAGGAGAAAGCUGAGGAUAGCAGAGUCCUUGGAAGAAUCCUUCAGGGACACAGGCAAUAAUUUCCUAUGUUGCUGGCAAAAGGAUGUGAGAGUUGGCUACGGGUGAGGAACCACAGGGUAGCCCUCGUGUUUGUCACAGCUGGCAAAAGCUGCCCUGACUCGGUUGUUCCCCUUAUGAAUCGUGGCUUUACCCAGGAAAACCAGUGCUGGUGGCAGUUCUGGAAACACUUAUGAGCAGAACAAUUAGAGAAAAUGAGAAGAUCAAGUUCAAAUUUGAUUUCUCAUUCAAGUUAUUUUUCCAACUCCAAGAAUGUGACUAUGAGCAGGACUUGAACAUGAUCUGAGUUUUGCUUUCUCUGAGAUGUGGCAUUUCUCAGAGAAGUGGUGAGGGCCAUUUCUGUCUGCCACCCUAUCAUGGAGCAGGGGACAGUGUCAGGGCAGCAGCAAAACUGUCUUUCCUCCUGACAUGAGUGCUGAAAGGCUCCCAGAAUUGUUCCCCAAGUUUACAUCUUUAUUGUGCUGGUUUUACCUGCCUUGAUCCAAAAUGGUGAGAAUUUGGCAGAAGGACAAAUAAUUAAAAUGUGUGUCCUUCUGUCGCCUGAUGCUUACAGCUGUGCAGGAGGAAAAAGCUCUGGAUAGCAAGGCCUGCUGGUGCUGAGCAGGGAAUCCAGCAGUUUGGACUUGAGAGGUCUGGAAAGAACAAAACCUAGCAUUAAUCCAGCUCCUUCUUUGAGCUGUGGCUGUUCUUGAGUUUGAAUUUGUACACUUAAAAAAAAAAAAAAAAAAAAAAAAUGCUUUUGUGGGUGGUUCUUCCCAAACACAAGCAGGCUGUUCUGGUUUGUAUCAGAAGAACUCCUCAACGAUGGGUUUUCUCCCUAGUACAAGGAGAGUUAGGUUUAUUAAUAUAAUCUUCCUUUAUGUAUCUAUGUAUUUAUUUAUUUAUUUAAAUAAUCAUUACUGGUUCACAGUCAUAGGGGAGGGAAGUUUUCAAAGCAUUAGUGGAUUGUGUUGUAUAAUGUGCCUAGAUAUUUGUAAUCCUUUUAUUUAUUUUUUACACUAAAAUUCUGGUUCAUGAAACCUCUGUGUCCUUUCUGGGAAACGAACAGGAAUAUCCAUGUAAUUUGUAUAAUUUAAACUGCUGACAUUUCAUUUGUGCCAAUCGCCUAAAUGUGCUUUACUGAUUUAAAAUAGGAAAUACUAUUUUAUAUCUUAUUAUGUUUGCUGAAUAAGCAGUAUGCUUCCUCCAGUCACGAAGAUGAUUUCUGCUUUCAGCAGGCGUUAUGCAAGGCAAUAUAAGCGUAGUAUUUGCAUUUCUGGUCUUUAAUUAGUAUUUUUUUAAAAUACCCUACUUGCAAGUGAAGAAGAAGCUUUUUAGCUCAGGAUAAAGCUGUGUCACUAAGGCAAAGGAAGGGGCCCACUAUCAUUGUAAAAUCAUCAGCCUUGGUACCUCUGGAAAAAAAAUAAUCCCAAAAGUCUCCCCUCAUUACAUCUAAAAACAUUUUCUGUUUGUCUUUCCUCUAGCCCUAGAUGUGACAUCCACACUAGUAUGUAAUAACUGUGGUGGUAAUCAAAGGAAUAAAUAUUGAAAGAUUUACA